AUGAAGACCGAGGUGAGGCGCAAAGUGGCACAGGCGAGGGCGGCAAUUGAGGACACUACCGACUGCACUUCGGUUCCCGUUAUCCUCACUGCUAUGCAGCAGCGUAUUUGUAACCUCUUGGGAGAGGCGACUAUCAUCAGUUUACCUCCUGGAGACCCAAAUGCUGAGAUAACUUUACCUGUUACUAUGAGCUCAGUCACCACCGUGACACUCACGGAAAGUUGCCACCCCAAAUUAAAGGGAAAACAGUGCUUUAAUACAUUGCUUAACCUAUUCAAAACACAGUUUCUGAUAUUUGUAGGCCUUCAGACAGCUUCAGCAUCAUGCGAGGAGACGAAAUCCCUAGAUGCCGAGACCACGUACCACACUCUGGAGGAAGGCGGCAUGGUGGAGUACUGCACCACCACCGAGGCCACACCCACCGUGGUGACCGCCAUGGAGUCGCAUCCAGUGAAAAUGCUGGCGGCAGUGUCUUCGACCCAACCGCCCAGCCAGGCCAAGCCCCAGGAGCUGAAGAGCCGCAUUGCCCUCAACUCGGCACGGCUCCUCCAGGAACAGUGGGUCACCAAUGUGCACGUGAGGCAGAUCGCUCAGCAUCUGAAGGGCCAGAACCAAUUACUUCAGAUGAUCCGUAGGUCCCAGGAGGCGCAGGCCUAUGCCCAGGAGAGGCAGGCCUAUGCCCAGGAGAGGCAGGCCUAUGCCCAGGAGGCGGAGGCCUAUGCCCAGGAGGCGGAGGCCUAUGCCCAGGAGGCGGAGGCCUAUGCCCAGGAGAGGCAGGCCUAUGCCCAGGAGAGGCAGGCCUAUGCCCAGGAGAGGCAGGCCUAUGCCCAGGAGGCAGGCCUAUGCCCAGGAGAGGCAGGCCUAUGCCCAGGAGAGGCAGGCCUGCCCAGGAGGCAGGCCUAG